ACUGGGCUGUAAGCCAUACGGCGAAAUGGGUUUCGAAUCAGUCAGAGUCUAGUCGCGAGCCAAUAAGGUUUGGAGAUCGCAUUUGACGCUAAAAAUAAAAAAAAAAAAAUAAAGAAAAACGCAACUUGUGAGUGCAUCACUGAUCGCUGAUAGUUGACAACGAGCAGCCAGUGACGACGACGACGACCGACCAACCGCUGGCCGCCGGACGCGAAGCCAUCUCUUCCGUGUGUACACCGUCUUUCUAUUCCGUGAAUCCGUGAAUUCUGUAUAUUCCUCGCAAUCUUCGGUGUUUUAAUGGAUUACAGAGUGUUAACACCGCUAACGUAGUAAAGUACAACAACAACACAAAACGAAGAAGAAAAUCGCGAACAAAAGUUAGAACAAGCAUCAUGCUGCGAUCUAAGAACUUAUGCUGCAAUCAGCAAAGUUCACACUUACCAAUUUUAAUUUGCAUCUUCGUGGUGCGGUAUGUGGCAGAUGCUGCAACCGUUGGAGUUGGCGUUGGCACCUUAGGACUUCCUUCCGCCGCCGCCAAAUCUAAUGCCACAACAACUAUUGGAAGCCUUUACAAGCUGCCCCAGGAGCAAACUGCUGAGACUGUGGACACCGGGACCUACGAAAUUCGUGCCGUUUCCGGAGAACCAAAUUACAAGUCAGUCAACCUUACGUGGGAAGUCGAAUUUGUACCAGCAACUGCCAAUGAUACCGAUGCACUGCCACCGCCAAAAACCUUUCAAAUAUUCUAUUGUGAGAUGCAAUCAUUCGGACCGCACCGAUGUCGAUCGAAAGUCAUCGAAGAUAAAAAGUUGGAAUUGGACAAAUCAUAUGAACCCAUUAGUCAUUAUACUGCUAGAGUUGACAAUCUUAGAAUGGCAACUAAAUAUAGCUUCCACAUUAGACCGCAGCAAAAGAAAAGGAAUCUUAAAAUCAGUGGCAGAUCGGAGUUGUUGGAUAAUGAAGUGGAAAAUGACCUAUUUCAGGGCCAAUCUAUUGUCAUUCCAACUAAAGGCUUUUCAGCACAAGCUACUAAAUGUCUGCCACAUGCGUCGGAAAUUGAAGUUGAGACCGGGCCUUACUUUGGGGGGAAAAUAGCCGUCGAUGGAGGAAACUGUGGUGUCAAAGGCAAUCCAAGGGAACCGACAGACAAAUAUAUCAUGAGGAUCGACCACAAAAUGUGUGGCAGUUUAGUGAAGCCGGAAACCAACACUGUGGAGACUUUUAUCACGGUUCAGGAAAAUCUGGGAAUUUUCACCCAUAGCACUAGAAGAUUUGUAGUGGUUUGUAGCUUUCAGUCGGGAAUGCAAACUGUUAGGGCUAGCUUCACAGUCCCUGGCAAAGGGGGGGUUGCCGCUGCAGUGGAGAAUGAUCCUUUUGAGCCUGAUCGAAUGGGCAGAGAGCAGCGACAGAUGAAUUUUGUAGACAAAAGUGGUUUGAUUUUAAAGGAAGAGCCUAGCUCAGAAGAAGUUGUUACUGCAGCAACUGUUGCGAUAGUUGAAGAUAUUAUUCCCGGAGUAAAUGAACAGGAUAUAAAACACGAACCAAGUGAAGAGCCAGUCAAAUACCAUCGUCAGGCAAAGUUUGCCAAGUUGGUCAACCAACUCGAAGACGAACGAGGGAAUUAUCAAUUUAAAAGUCAAUUCCAAAACAUUGCUGGUAACUUAGGAAGCGUGGUAUUAACAGUAUCGCUAUCUGUGAUAAUGAUUGGAGUAUUCAUCUAUGUUCUAUUUCGCGAAUCAAGGCGGAACACGAUAUCGCGACGUGGUAUGAAUCAGCUCCCUAAGAGCCCAUCAAGGUUGUAAGCUAAUUUUUCGUUUUUAAUUCUAAAAUAUUUGUAAUUUGUAAGUUAAAAAUGCUGCAAUUUCACUUGUUACUAAAAUAACUUUAAUUUCGUUUUGUCAUUGACUCCACUAAGUGUUUAAUUUAGUGACAAGUUGAACUGCUACGUUUAAUAUGACUCUUAAAGACUUUUUUUACGAUCAUUUGUCUUGUCGAAUCGUUGAAAUGCCUCACUUUUUGACUCAAGACGACUGAACGUAAUUCACGUGCUCCGCUCCUAUUUCAAUUCAAAUCUCGUUAGCUCUUAAGAUAAAUUAUAAACCUCUUCUUAUUUUGUCGUAUAUUGUAAAAGCAUAAAUUAAUUUAAUAUUUUAAUUUUAUUAUUCUUAAGAUUAUGUGAAAUAAAAAUAAAUGAAAAAUAAAAAAUACCUA